AUGGUGGGGUCGACCUGGCCUCCGCCGCCGAGGCCCGACAGCGCGUUGAACAUGCCGGGGCAGCAGAAGCAGAUGAGGCCCAGCAGGGACACCUGCGCCAGCGGCGAGUUGUACCGCAGAAGGCCGCGUUUCGCGGGCACCUCCAACGCCGCCGCCGGCGGGUGGUGGCGGUAUGGUGGGGGGGAAAUGUCAGCCGCGCUUCGCCGGUCAGGGUGGCUGGAAUCAGAAUCAGAAUCAGUGAUGGAGACCAAAGGCGAAGACGGAGAGUGGCGUAUAUAUAGGGAGGAGAUGGAUCCUGAUGAUUUGUUUGUUUAUAUAGUUUUCCCGUCGCGGCGCCAUUUGGGGGACGGAGAUGAACAACCUACAUCGUGACAUUUGGAGGAGAGAGAGAGACGCGACCAAUACUAUAGGAUAUUGUUUAGGCAAGUGGGGAAAAAAUAAAAAAUAAAUUUGCCUAGCCUAGCUUUAUCCCCACCCCCAUGCAUCAAUCAAGGUUCACGGACAUUCGCUGCUGAUUACCUCAAAGGCACAGCAAUCGGAUUCUUCAGUUUGGAAUUUUGCA